AUGGAUGACGAAUCAGGUGGCAUCCUCAACAUCUCACUCUCAGACUCAGAGACGGAGGAGCAGCAGACGCCUGCCAAGCCCUCCGACCGCACUGGUCAGUCAGAGGAAGAGUUUCAGGCUGUCAAGAGAACAUAUCAUGUCAGGAUCGAAAAUGGCAAUAUCUCCGAAGACAUCUCAAUUCCCUUAGGCCCUAACCCUAACAAAAUGCUGGUUCAACAACUCAUCCAUGCUAUUGAGGAGCAUUAUUUCUUUCGCCGUUAUGAGGAAGGCAUCAAACUCGUCGAAAAGGUCUUGGGUGGAGAGGAUUCUGCAACUCUUGAUGAAAGUAUAAAAAACCAGUUGCUCUUGUACAAAUCGUUUUGCCACAAAAAGCUCGGUUUAAUCACCUAA